AUGAACGAAUUAUUUGAAUAUAUUGAUGGGAAUAUUUUUGAUGUAUUUUAUUUCAAUUCUUCAGUAAAUGAUUACGACGAAAUACAAGAAGGUGACAAUCUGAAAAUUUAUACAGAUUUAAUAACAAUGGAAAACUCUGCUAAUAAUUCUUACAAACCAUCUGAUAAUUUGAAUAGUGGUGGAGUAAUGCAAUAUACAAUGAAUUCCCCUGAACAUACAGACAGUCCUAAUACAUCUAAUGAUUCUGAGUUAUCUUCAAACGAUAAAAAUUCAUCAUCUUUAAACGAAAAUAAUGAUGAUACAGAAUUUUUUAAUCCUGAAGAAUGGAUUGUUCAAGAUCUAUCAUCAUGGAAAAUUCGACCUCCAAAAUUAUACGAAUUUCUUCGCUUACUUCUUAAUAAUCCACGCUAUGUUUCUUAUAUAUCUUGGAUAAAUAAAGAUGAAGGUCUAUUUAAAAUUCAUAAACCAGCAAAAGUUGUUCAUCUUUGGAAAAAAGUUAAAUUACGACGAACCUAUGCAUCAGUGGAUUAUGAUAGUUUUUCACGUGCUAUUCGAUAUUAUUAUAAAUCCGGAUUAAUGAUUAAAACAAAUAGAAAACAUAUUCAUCGUUUUGCUCAAAAAUAA